UAAUUAGUCUUAAUAUUCCAUCAAAUCAAAGUAGUUUAGUUUAAAAAAUGUCUAGCAACAGCGUGAACAAGAGGGUUAGUAAGGGUCGCCAAAAGAUUCCGAUGACAAAAAUCGAAAACGACGUUCAUCGUCAAGUCACAUUUUCAAAGCGGCGUUCAGGUGUAUUCAAGAAAUGCAGUGAACUAUCAACCCUAUGUGGCGUGGAUAUUGCUAUGAUUGUAUUUUCGCCAGCAAACAAGGCAUAUACUUUUGGAAACCCCAAUUUGAAUGCAAUACUCAACAAAUACUUUGAUGAAAAUCCAGCACUGCAAGCAAACAUCACGGAUGAGAUUCUCCGUGCUCGUCGCGAGGCCAACAUGAGCACAAUGACUCCGAGGAUCAGUGAUAUGGAAUCUCUCAUUUACAAUCUCAAGAACGAGAAUCAAGCUCUACACGAAGCUGAAAAGGGUAGACCUGAUAUUUCCAGCCUACAGUUGUCUGAGCUAGAAAGUUUGAAACAACGCUUAGAAAUGCUUCAAACUAAAAUUGAUGAGAACCUAAAGGUGGCAUCAAUGGAAGUUGAAAAUCAUGGCAUGGACACACCAACUAUUGAAAGGGGUAACUUCUUUGGCUCCCAUUUUGGAAACAAUGGUGGUUUUGGACGAAGUGGAACUUCCUAGCUAGUUCAUUAUAUUGCUGAUAUAUA